CCCGACCCGGCCUUGCUUAACGCGCCAGGCGCGGCCAGCGCCGCCCGUCCCCUCCCCGUGGGAUGACAGGCAGGUAUGAACAUCGUGAGCACAUGACUUCAGAGAUGGACAACCGGAUCUGUUACAACUUGUGAUUGGCCUUAAGUUGACUUCUAACCAUUGAAGAGCUUACCAGGAAUUCUCUCAUUCCUGAUUUUUUUAUUUUUGCCUAUCUGAUUGCCUCACACCACCAGCUUCACCAUGUAUGGAAGUGCUCGUUCAGUGGGCAAGGUGGAGCCCAGCACGCAGAGCCCGGGGCGCUCCCCGCGCCUGCCGCGCUCGCCUCGCCUGGGCCACCGGAGAACCAACAGCACGGGAGGCAGCUCGGGGAGCAGUACUGGGGGUGGCAGUGGGAAAACCCUUUCUAUGGAAAACAUUCAGUCCUUAAAUGCUGCCUAUGCCACGUCUGGCCCUAUGUACCUAAGUGACCACGAGAACGUGGGUGCGGACACCCCGAAGAGCACCAUGACGUUGGGCCGCUCGGGGGGGCGGCUGCCUUACGGUGUUCGCAUGACUGCCAUGGGCAGCAGCCCCAACAUCGCCACCAGCGGAGUUGCCAGCGACACCAUCGCGUUCGGAGAGCACCAUCUCCCCCCGGUGAGCAUGGCAUCCACUGUGCCUCACUCGCUGCGCCAGGCCAGGGAUAACACCAUCAUGGACCUGCAGACACAGCUCAAGGAGGUGCUGAGGGAAAACGAUCUGCUCCGCAAGGAUGUGGAGGUGAAGGAAAGCAAGCUGAGUUCUUCCAUGAACAGCAUCAAGACCUUCUGGAGUCCUGAGCUCAAAAAGGAGAGAGCUCUGAGGAAGGAUGAAGCUUCAAAAAUCACCAUUUGGAAGGAGCAAUAUAGAGUUUUGCAAGAAGAAAACCAGCACAUGCAGAUGACUAUCCAGGCUCUCCAAGACGAGCUGCGGAUCCAGCGGGACCUGAACCAGUUGUUCCAGCAGGACAGCAGCAGCAGGACCAGCGAGCCCUUCGUGGCAGAGCUGACAGAGGAGAACUUCCAGCGGCUGCACACAGAGCACGAGCGCCAGGCCAAGGAGCUCUUCCUGCUCCGGAAAACCUUGGAGGAGAUGGAGCUAAGGAUUGAGACCCAGAAACAGACCUUAAAUGCACGUGAUGAGUCCAUCAAAAAGCUGCUGGAGAUGCUGCAGAGUAAAGGUCUGUCAGCAAAAGCCACUGAGGAAGACCACGAGCGGACACGACGGUUGGCUGAGGCAGAGAUGCACGUGCACCACUUGGAAAGCCUUCUUGAACAGAAGGAAAAGGAAAACAAUGUGCUGAGAGAGGAAAUCCAUCGUCGAUUUGAGAACACUCCUGACACAGCCAAGACAAAAGCUCUCCAAACUGUUAUUGAGAUGAAGGAUUCAAAAAUUUCUUCCAUGGAGCGUGGCCUCCGGGAUUUGGAAGAGGAGAUUCAGAUGUUGAAGUCAAAUGGAGCCCUGAGCACAGAGGAACGUGAGGAGGAAAUGAAGCAAAUGGAGGUGUACCGCAGCCAUUCCAAAUUCAUGAAAAAUAAGGUAGAGCAACUGAAGGAAGAGCUAAGUGCCAAAGAGGCUCAAGGGGAGGACCUGAAAAAAAGAGUGGCUGGUCUCCAGACCGAGAUUGGCCAGGUGAAACAGGAGCUGUCACGCAAGGACACCGAGCUGCUGGCCCUGCAGACCAAGCUGGAGACCCUCACCAAUCAGUUCUCUGACAGCAAGCAGCACAUCGAGGUGCUCAAAGAGUCUCUUACAGCUAAAGAGCAAAGAGCUGCCAUCCUGCAGACAGAGGUGGACGCGCUGCGGUUACGUCUGGAAGAGAAGGAGACGAUGCUGAACAAGAAGACAAAGCAGAUCCAGGAGAUGGCAGAGGAGAAGGGCACUCAAGCAGGAGAGAUCCACGACCUCAAGGACAUGCUGGAGGUGAAGGAACGCAAAGUGAAUGUUCUUCAGAAGAAGAUUGAAAACCUUCAGGAGCAGCUGAGAGACAAGGAGAAGCAGAUGAGCAGCUUAAAGGAUCGAGUGAAAUCCUUGCAGGCUGACACCACCAACACUGACACUGCCUUGACCACGCUGGAGGAAGCGUUGGCAGAAAAAGAAAAGACCAUUGAGCGUUUAAAGGAGCAGCGUGACAGAGAUGAACGAGAAAAACAGGAAGAGAUCGACAACUACAAGAAAGACAUUAAGGACCUGAAAGAGAGAGUCAGCAUUUUACAAGGAGAUCUCACAGAAAAAGAGACAUCAUUACUGGAUCUUAAGGAACAUGCUUCAUCAUUAGCUUCAUCAGGACUGAAGAAAGAUUCAAGACUCAAGACACUGGAAAUUGCAUUAGAACAGAAAAAGGAAGAAUGUUUGAAGAUGGAAACACAAUUGAAGAAGGCUCAUGAGGCAACCCUGGAGGCGAGGGCCAGUCCCGAGCUGAGUGACCGCAUGCAGCAGCUGGAAAGGGAGGUGACACGGUACCGGGAGGAGUCUGGCAAGGCUCAGGCUGAGGUGGAUCGGCUCCUGGAGAUCCUGAAAGAGAUGGAGAAUGAGAAGAAUGACAAGGAUAAGAAGAUAGCAGAACUGGAAAGGCAAGUCAAAGAUCAAAACAAGAAAGUAGCAAAUCUGAAGCACAAAGAACAAGUGGAGAAGAAGAAGAGUGCACAGAUGCUGGAGGAGGCCAGGAGACGAGAGGAUAACCUUAAUGACAGCUCCCAACAGCUUCAGGACAAUCUGCGUAAAAAGGAUGAUCGGAUUGAAGAAUUGGAAGAGGCACUCAGAGAAAGUGUUCAGAUAACUGCAGAGCGGGAAAUGGUGCUAGCACAAGAGGAGUCAGCCAGGAUCAAUGCUGAGAAACAGGUAGAAGAGCUGAUGAUGGCUAUGGAGAAGGUCAAACAGGAGCUGGAGUCAAUGAAAGCAAAGUUGUCCUCAACACAGCAGUCUUUGGCUGAGAAGGAAACCCAUUUGACCAACCUACGAGCUGAAAGAAGGAAACACUUGGAGGAGGUCCUGGAAAUGAAACAAGAAGCCCUUCUUGCUGCCAUUAGUGAAAAAGAUGCCAAUAUUGCUCUGCUAGAGCUUUCAUCCUCUAAGAAGAAGACUCAGGAUGAAGUGGCUGCACUGAAACGAGAGAAAGACCGACUUGUGCAACAGCUCAAGCAGCAGACUCAGAACCGUAUGAAGCUGAUGGCUGACAACUAUGAGGAUGACCACCUCAAAUCCUCAUCCCAUUCCAACCAAACCAACCACAAGCCCUCCCCUGACCAGAUCAUUCAGCCCCUCUUAGAACUUGACCAGAACCGCAGCAAGUUGAAGUUGUACAUUGGCCAUCUGACAGCCCUGUGCCACGACCGCGACCCCCUGAUCCUGCGUGGGCUCACCCCGCCUGCCUCCUACCACCUGGAUGAUGACCAGGCAGCCUGGGAGAAGGAGCUGCACAACAUGACCCAGGAGCAGCUGCACGACGAGCUGGAGAAGGGCGAGAGGGAGAGCGUGGAGCUGCAGGAGUUCGCCAACGCCAUCCUGCAGCAGAUCGCGGAUCACUGCCCCGACAUCCUGGAGCAGGUCGUCAACGCCCUGGAGGAGUCCUCCUGACCUCGGCCACCCGUCCACAGAGCAGCACACCAGUGGCCAAGCCCAGUCAGUCCACGGAGCCAUGGGAGUGGAGAGCAAUGUGAAAGACAGAACGUGGAAUAGAAACUUCCGGUGCACCUUCGACAAAGAAAACAAAGGCAAAAAAAAGAAAAAAACCCUUCUAAAAACUACGUGCUCUCUAGGUUCUUCCAGUCUGUGAUUAAUCAGCAGUUUUUGUAUUCAUCUUCUCACUGCCUUUCUACUUUAGAAUCCAAUUCCCCGUUGACUUUGUUGGUGGUGACUUAUGGAUACAGCUAAGCAGAGCUCUUCCAAGUCUACUGAGCAAAGAAGAGGGGAUCCACUGAACACAAGCAGCUCUAGUUCUCCAUGAGGUUGCAGAAGAGUAGCCCUCGCCUUCCAUUAAUAUAUUGCUUUCUCCUUCUUAUCUUCUUUCCUUCUUCCUGUUUUUAUUUUCAUGAAAGUUGGACGCCUGAAUUUCAUAGUGCUAAAACCAAACCUGAGUGUGCUCUGAUUAUGGCUCAUGGCUGGCCAGCAUCAGCUAGCUCAGGUCUUGCUGCCUGUCUCAAUGCUUCUUAUUUUCUUAAAUAACAGAGUGAGGAAAGGAAAGUUUCCCUCCUUGCUCCUGUUAGUCAUUUCAUCUAGCAGCUGAGAAAAAAGGUAGGCAUACUGGUACUUUCUGUUUACUUAACUUAGGCUUUUAUUGUUCACUGGACUGACUCUGAAGUGCUAGGUGGGACAUUUUUUGAGGUAACUGUUUUCAUCUGUGGAUUUUUGGGGGGUCUUAGAUGAAGUUUCUCAUCAUAGGUCUGUGUCUCCUAAGUUCUUACAUUAUAGAGAGCUCUCUUCCUUCAAGCAGGUGUGGUCAACAGGUCAGUUCCCAGCUUUAACUUGUAGAGUUUGUUCAGUUUUUCAGGCCAUAACUUUGUGAGCACUAGCUGUCAUCAGAAUAGUCUUAGGCGUUCUGUAAAUGAGAAAUUUGCAUAAUUUAGCUUAAAAGUAUAAUUUAAAAGCUAAGUUAGGUAAAUCAGUAGCAUAGUUCGUACUAUAAUUAUAAUUUAAUUUAUUUUGGUUUAGCUUACAUUGACGUGGAAUGAGUUUUGAGUUCAGAGCAAUAACCCUUGUGAAGAGGAGCAUCUCUGCUGGAGUUGGCACCCAGCUGAGUAGAUAGGUAUAAAAUCACAGCUUUACUUAAACCAGUGCAAUUCUUCUGUGUAUAUGAGAGGCCUUAGUGUUAUUCCCAUCCACCUUCAAUACUCAUUACAGCUCCUGCUGAUAGGAAAUACAACCUGAAAUCCCAGGUCAGUUUGUCAUUGUGGUAGCAAGUCAGAAAUCCUAUUUUAUGAGUAGGACUUGGGUGUUCAUUCUUGGACUAUGCAUUAAUGGGGAGACACAUUUUUUCCUGGCUGCCAGUGGUUAUAUGUGUCUGGGGGCAUCUGCAGGACAGAACCUUGUAGCACGUCCCCAUGUGCUCCUUAGAGGAGCUGCUCCCUUUGGCUGGCUCAUAUUACUUCAGAAAGCAAGGGGAAGGCAAAAGGAGACCAAAUAGCAACACAGCAGUGGAAGAAAUCUUGGUUUUCUAGUCACUAGCUAAUUAUGAAUCCUCUCAGUAAACCUCCCAUCCAGAGCCUGCAGUUUAAUUCCAUAUGGCUUA